CGAUUUGUUCCAUUCCCCUCACUUUACGACACGUCUCAUCAUGUCCGAUCAGGUGAAAGAGAUCCCAACCAAGCCAUUUGAUGGUCAGAAGCCCGGCACUUCGGGGCUCAGGAAGAGGGUCAAGGUCUUCCAGCAGGAGCACUACACAGAGAACUUCGUUCAGGCUAUCUUCGACGCUAUCUCUCUCAAGGGAGCCACUCUGGUUGUCGGUGGUGAUGGCCGUUAUUACUCUCCAGAAACGGUCCAAACGAUCCUUCGGAUCGCGUCGGCCAACGGCGUAUCAAAGCUGAUCAUUGGAAAGGAUGGUAUCCUGUCAACGCCGGCUGCAUCGAACGUCAUCCGCAAGUACAAGGCCAACGGCGGUAUCCUGCUGACGGCCUCGCAUAAUCCCGGAGGCCCGAACGCCGACUUCGGUAUCAAGUACAACGUCGAGAACGGCGGCCCAGCUCCGGAGAAUGUCACAGAGAAAAUAUUUGAGAAGACGAAGACGAUCAAGUCGUACAAGGUCAUCGAGCUCCCCCCGAUCGACCUCAGCAAGCUCGGAGACUCCACGUAUGGUCCUCUCAAGGUAUCCAUUAUUGACUCAGUCUCCGACUACGUCGAGCUCCUCCAGUCUAUCUUCGACUUCCCUCUCAUCAAGUCCUUCUUAUCGGAGCAUAAAUCUGACUUCCGUGUCCUCUUUGACGGCUUGCACGGCGUCACCGGCCCUUAUGCCCGUGGUAUUCUCGUCGAGACGCUUGGACUCCCUACGUCCUCGAUCCAGAAUUGCGUGCCUUCCCCCGAUUUCGGCGGAGGACACCCCGACCCCAACCUCACGUAUGCGCACUCCCUCGUUGAGGUUGUGGAGAAAGAAAACAUCGCGUUCGGUGCUGCUAGCGAUGGUGAUGGCGACCGCAACAUGAUCUACGGCAAGGGUGCGUUUGUGACCCCUUCGGACUCGGUUGCGAUCAUCGCGGAUUGGGCGGAUAGCAUCCCAUAUUUCAAGAAGACCGGUGUCAAGGGCCUUGCGAGGAGCAUGCCCACGAGCGCUGCCAUCGACUUGGUCGCCAAGAAGAAGGGUUUCGAGUACUUUGAGGUGCCAACUGGCUGGAAGUUCUUCGGAAACCUCAUGGACGCUGGCCGCUUGUCGAUCUGUGGCGAAGAGUCCUUCGGUACGGGAUCCGAUCAUAUUCGGGAGAAAGACGGAAUCUGGGCAGUUAUCGCGUGGCUCAAUAUCAUCGCCGCUGCCAACAAGACGUCUUCCAAGCUCAUCGGUAUACGCGAGAUUCUCAACGCGCACUAUGCGAAGUACGGCCGCUCGUUCUUCUCGCGGUACGACUAUGAGGAAGUUCCUUCGGAUGGCGCGCAAAAACUCGUCGACCACAUCAACGAGCUGAUCGGGUCCUCGUCUUUCUCCGGCAAGACCUACACUGCGGCGAAGGCCACCUUCACUGUUGCGUCUGCGUACAACUUCAACUACACGGACCCGAUCGAUAAGAGCGUCAGCAAGAACCAAGGACAGGUCGUCACGUUCUCUGAUGGCAGCCGUGUCGUCUGGCGGCUGAGCGGCACCGGAAGCCAGGGUGCGACGGUCCGGAUGUACGUGGAGCGUUACGUCGCGGCGGAAGCUGGGGAGAAGGAGCUCGCACGAGACACUGCAGAAGGCCUGCAGUCCUUGAUCGAUGUUGCACUGGAGAUCAGCAACCUCAAGCAGUUCUUGGGCAGAGAGAAGCCCACGGUUAUUACGUAAAACACAUCUCUAGACACGUCUCAUGAUCAGCUGUUCACAAUGUUCACGGAUGGAAAGAAGGGAUAAAAAGAAGGAACGAACGAAGGGAAGAUGCGGACAAUGUCAAUGUACAAAAACUCAUUAUAGGAUAUGAAGGAAUGAAUUCCGGUUUUGCCUGUAGGAACUCGAUCAAUCCCAAACAAGACUACCAGUCUUGGUCUGCCUCACUUGUGGAGGGAAAAUG